GCCGGUGUUCUCGCAAGCCCUGGACCUUCGCUGUGUGGACUUUAGGAAAGAUGGCCUGUGCCGCCGCGCGUUCCCCGGCCGACCAGGACAGGUUUAUUUGUAUCUAUCCCGCUUAUUUAAAUAAUAAGAAGACCAUCGCGGAGGGACAGCGAAUCCCCAUAAGUAAGGCUGUUGAAAAUCCUACAGCUACGGAGAUUCAAGACGUGUGCUCAGCAGUUGGACUUAAUGUGUUUCUUGAGAAAAAUAAAAUGUACUCUAGAGAAUGGAAUCGUGAUGUCCAAUACAGAGGCAGAGUCCGGGUCCAGCUCAAACAGGAAGAUGGCAGCCUCUGUCUUGUACAGUUUCCAUCACGUAAGUCAGUAAUGUUGUAUGCAGCGGAAAUGAUACCUAAACUAAAAACAAGGACACAAAAAACAGGAGGUGGUGACCAAAGUCUUCAGCAAGGAGAGGGAAGUAAAAAAGGGAAAGGAAAGAAGAAGAAAUGACCUAGCAUGAGCAUCGAGCAUGUGGUACUGCUGUCAGAGACAUGAGUGGAGGCUUCUCAUUUGUGGCUGAGAGAAAUAGAAGCUCUUUUUUGUGUGCAUCAUUUAACUGUGAACUCUUGCGCCUCCCAUAAUCAUCGUUGGCAUUGACAGUGAAAUAAUUGUACACCGGAACUUUGCAUCUAGCUUUUAUGCGGUAUAAAAGAAUUUUUGUCUUUCAUUGCAGAGUUUUUGUGGAAGAAUAUUUUUAAAUGGACAGUGGACUGUACAUUAAGUUACUUGAAAUCCUGUGUCUGUUUGUCCUUUAUGUAAACAUGUUUCAAAUAAAUAAACUUAAUAAAAUUAGAAAUAUACA